AUGGUGAAACCCGACGAGGUAAUAAAGGCCAUCACCGGCACUUGGCUCUACUUAAAUGUAACAUCCUAUUUCGACAAUGGCACGAUCUCAAAUGACCCGGACCCCGCGUUAGGGCAGUUUCCUGUCGGCAUGCUGAAUUACAAUGCUGCUGGCUGGAUGGCCGCCAAUUUCAUGUCUUCUAGGCCGGAGGACCGCCCCGGGGAUAUAGAUACGGGGGCGCUGGAUGUUGGCACAGAUGCUGAGUGGGCACUCAUCGGCAAGCACACGCUGGCAUAUUCUGGGCCUUGGUACGUCAGCGAGACGACGGACGACGUCGAAGUGGGCCAGAUUACGCAUGGGCCGACAAAGAUCGCCUGGUUACCUACGUGGGUUGGGAUCGAGCUACAGAAGAACUAUACUUUAUUAGAAGACAAGACGAUGAUGCGCUUUAGGUCAAAGACUCAGGAUGGCAAGAACGGAGAUAUGUUCUUCAAGAGACUGGCGUAA